UGUAGAAAAAAAAUGGUUGAGAAGAAGAAGAAGCGGAAAGGGACAAUCAGCGAACGAAACGUCGCCACUCUUCUCCAUAGGUAUUCCCCUAGUACGAUUUUCUCCGUUCUUCAAGAAGUGGCUCAAGUUGCAGAGGAAAAGUUUGAUUGGGAUGAACUUGUAAAGAAUACUUCAACAGGGAUUUCCAAUGCUAGGGAGUAUCAGAUGUUGUGGCGUCAUUUGGCUUAUCGAGACCCCAUCGCUGAGGAACUUGAAGAUGGUGCUAAACCUAUGGAUGACGAUAGUGAUUUAGAAUAUGAAUUGGAGGCCCACCCUCCUAUUAGUGGCGAAGCAUCUAUAGAAGCUUCUGCAAUUGUGAAGGUAUUGAUUGCUUCUGGCUUACAAGGUGCUUCGAGUCUAGCAAGUGGAAUGUCGGUCGAGGCUCCGCUGAUCAUAAAUGUGCCAACAACUGUAGGUUUAUCUGAAGAUCUGCAACAGCAAGGGAUAAACAUUACAAUUCCAGUUUGUGUUCCAAAACAGCCUCUAAAUAUGCCUACAGUACCAUUUGUAGAAAUAAAUGGACCAACUUCUUGCAAUUUGCCUCCUAGAAAGAAAAGGAAACAAUGGUCUGAAGAAGAAGACAGAAAACUUAGAGCUGCUGUUCUGCGAUGUGGUGAUGGGAGUUGGGCAACUAUCCUUAAAGAAGAUUUCUGCGGUGAACGAACUGUUUCACAGCUAGCUCAGAGGUGGGGUGCUAUUAAGAAGAAGAAGCAACAGGGCAAUGUUGGUGGGAGCUCACAAAUUUCUGAUAUUCAUAUCGCUACUCGCAGGGCUAUGAACUAUGCCUUAGACAUGCCCAUUGAUAACCACAAGAUCACAACUCUUCUAAAUAGUGGUGGUACAACAGUCCAACAAGAUAUUGGGCCAUCUAAAAAGGUGCAAACAAUUACUAAGGGGGUGGUGGAAGAUCCAGUGAAGGCUGCUGCAGUUGCUGCUGGGGCUCGCAUUGCCUCGGCCUCAGAUGCAGCAUCACUUCUGUUGGCUACACGUGGAAAAAGUGCAGUUCAUAUGACAACAAGUGGAUCUGGAUUGCCACCAAAUGUGCAUUUUAUUCGAACUGGAUUGGUAACAACAACAACAAAUAACAACAACCCAUCAUCAUCAUCAUCAACCCAUUCUCUUAUUCAUCAGCGGCCACAAAUAGUAGUAGUGAAAUCAGCUAACCCAACAACAAAUGCUGCAGCAGCAGCUAAAGCAGCUAGUCAAGAGAACAAACCUGCGGAGGUUAAAACAGUAGAAGAUGUUUUUUCUAUUCAUGUCAAAGAAGAGAACAAAGAAGAUGAAGCAGUAGUCAAUGCAGCAGCAGAUAUUGCAGACUCUUUAAUGGAGAUUGUGCAAACCACAGAUGCUGAUAUGUCUAAUGAAAAAGUCGAAGCUGAAAAUGUUCAGUUGGAGGAUGGAAACAAGAAUUUGGAGCAAAAUAAGAAAGAUGAAGCUUCUUCAAAUGCUAAUACUAAUGAUGAUAUUUUAAGCACAAAGGUUGAAAUGAUGGUCCUUGUAGUUAAGGAGGAUGGAAACAAGAAUUUGGAGCAAAAUAAGAAAGAUGAAGCUUCUUCUAAUGCCAAUGAUGAUAUUUUAAGUAUAGAAGUUGAAAUGAUGGAUGUUGUCAAGGAGGAAGGAGGAGGAGGAGGAAGCAUGUAGAAGAAGUGACCAUUUUUAAUGGUGUUUGUGGCUAAUAUAAUUAUAAUGAAAUUGGAUGGGAAAACUAAACGACUUCUCCAGUAAAUUAAUUUCCCUUUGAAUAGAUAGUGUUUAAUUAACUUAGUUUUGAUUGAGAAUUUCUGGGUCUGCAACUCUUAUGACUGCUGGUUAAACAUAUAGUCCGCAUAAACAUCUAUCAGGUUGGGAUAUACAAUAGAUAGAAGUAGUGAUAACUUAGUUAAAUUAUUAUUGUAAUUUUAUCUGCCGAAUAAUUUGGAGCUUUUCUAUUCAAAUUGUUAGCAAUACCACCCAAAGAACCUACAAGAUU